CUGAUGAGUGCAGUUCCGGUUCUGCGCGGUGAGGGUCAGCUGACAGAUGUUCGCUGCCUCAGUGAAAUAAAAACACCUGCGCGAUCAUCUGAGAUCAGCAGCAGCGGCGCGAUGAGUGUUGGCACCCCGCGAUCCCUAGCCUCGUCCGGGCAGAAGAACAUCCAGGACAUCCGUCACCCGCUGUGUGCCGCCGAGGAGAGCGCGUCGAGCCGCGGCGGAGAUGCGCUGAUCCACUCCGGCAGCGGUGCUGCUCCUGCUGGAGGAGAGAAGGACCUGAGCCUGCCCAAUGGGACUCCAGUAGACACAUCAAGCCCCGCCUCCUCCUCAUCUCUGCUGAACCGACUGCAGCUCGACGACGAUCUGGACGGAGAAACACGAGACCUGUUUGUGACUGUAGACGAUCCUAAGAAACACGUGUCUACGAUGGAGACAUACAUCACCUACAGAGUCUGCACAAAGACCACGAGGACAGAGUUUGACCUGCCUGAGUACUCGGUAAGGCGACGCUACCAGGACUUCGACUGGCUGAGGAACAAACUAGAGGAAAGCCAACCCACCCACCUUAUUCCACCCUUGCCAGAGAAGUUUGUAAUGAAGGGAGUGGUGGACCGUUUUUCAGAGGAGUUUGUGGAUACCAGAAAAAAGGCGCUAGACAAGUUCCUCAAGCGCGUAGCAGACCAUCCGGUGCUCUCUUUCAACGAACACUUCAAUGCAUUUCUCUCAGCAAAGGACUUGAAUAAGCGUCAAGGCCUGGCUCUGCUGACUAAAAUGGGGGAAUCGGUGAAGUAUGUGACGGGUGGUUAUAAACUGAGAGGACGGCCAAUUGAGUUUGCCGCCAUGGGCGACUAUCUGGACAUGUUCACACAGAAGCUGGGCACCAUUGACAGGAUAGCACAGAGAAUCAUCAAAGAGCAAUCAGAGUUCUUGAUGGAGUUGAGAGAGUACGGGCCUGUGUACUCGUCCUGGUCGUCGUUCGAGGAAGAGCUGCAUGAUCCUCUGGAGGGGGUGUCGGGGUGUGUGUCGAACUGCUCCAGUGCUCUGGACGAACUCACAGAGGACAUGAGUGAGGAGUUUCUCCCAGUGCUUAGAGAAUACGUCCUAUACAUCGAAUCCAUGAAGAAUGUGCUUAAAAAGAGAGAUCAAGUCCAGGCAGAAUACGAAACAAAGUUGGAGGCAGUCGUGUUCAGGGAGGACAAAAAGACACCGGUGCCCACUGAUGUGGAGAAGUGCCAGGACCGCGUGGAGUGCUUCAACGCCGACCUGAAGGCAGACUGGGACCGCUGGCAGAACAACAAGCGGCAGGACUUCAGACAGCUGCUCACAGGCAUGGCCGACAAAAACAUCCAGUACUACGAGAAGUGCCUUGCAGCAUGGGAGUCCCUUAUUCCCUCGUUACAAGUCAAGCAGGAGGCGAGAGGCGAAACGAACUGAGCAUGUAUUUCGGGCCCUGGUGAGGGUCAGAGGUUACGACCCGCUCAAAGGGUUUCACAGGACACUACUGGACUGGACCAGCUACCAGAAUCACAUUUUUUUGUAAAGUGUCUCUGUUUGUGAAAGUCCACCCAUCUCUCUCUCUCUCUCUCGUGUUCACCCUCUCUCUCUCUUUUUCUCUCUCGUUCACCCUCUCUCUCUAAUUUUCUCUCUCGUUCACUCUCUCUCUCUCCCUCUAUCAUUCCCCCCCCCCUCUCUUCUCUGGCGCUCGCCCUCUCUUUGUGGGUGGAAGGAGAAUUUGUCGUUUCUCUUGUCGAGCUCAGGCUAUGACUGCAGACGCACGGCUCUGGGAAACGUUACACAACAGGAGGAUGACUGAGGGAAGGACGCUUUUGGUGACACCAACAGAUUUGUAGUUUUUAGUGAAAUGUUUGCCAGUGAUGAUUUUGUAAACGCUUUGUCUUUUGAUGCCGUCCGUUCAAGGGGACCGAGACGUCAGUGUUUUUGUUGUUUCGUUCAGGAAGAGUCCGCGGAAGGUUUGCCAACAUUCCUCUUGCCAAAGAUGUGGAUCUGUAGUUUGAUAUCUCUUUUGAAUCUUCAUCUUUCUUUCAGAAGAAUAUUUGGACCACAAAACACUCGCCUGAAUCGCCAAUUCCCUCGUUACACUAUAUAAUAAAUCCAGCCGUUGCGUUGAAAUGAAGGAUGUUUUCCCAGCCAUACUUGACCUCAUUAAAUAUUUAUGAUAACGUGUGUGUCAUAAUGAUUUGUGCUUGUCUUAAUGGGACAGUGUAGGCGGUUGGGUUAGUCUGAUGUGAGACGUUUCUUAUGUAAUGUAGGACAUUUCUUCUGAAUCUAUGGGAUAAUAAUGGAGAGUGGUUGAUCUUCAAUAAUAUACACGCACUCGGAAAUACAGCGCUUUUAGUAAAUGCUUUAUGGCGUAUGUUUUUUGCUGCGGUUACUUCAAAUAGAA